ACUGAGCUAGCAGCGUUAGCUUCCAGGCUUCUUUGUGUUUAUCGGCGGUUAAAAAGCGGCUUUGCUGGGUGAGCUGAAUGUUUAAGAGUCUGCGGUAACAAUAUCUUCGGUUAAUCUUCAUAGAGAAUCGAUCAGAGAGAGAAUCGAUCAGAGAGACUAACAGCAGCACCGGAGGAGGAAGGAUCGAUCAUCAGCCCGGAUCCUCUCGGAGCCUCCAGAUUUGCCUCAAUAGCAUGUCUGUUAUCAAGCAAGAUGUUGCUUCUCACUAUUUUGUUCUCAACCAACAAGAGAUCUCUGUUUUGGACCAGAGGGAAACAGAAGAACCAGAACUUAGGCAAGUAAAAGAAGAAGAGUAUGGAUCGGAACCUCUGCUAAAUGUGAAGAAAGAUGAAAACAUUGUACUAAAGCAAGAGACAGACACCUUAAUGGGAACAGAUUCUGGAUCUCUUGAAAUAAAGGAGGAACCAGAGGAAAUAGAACUGCAACAAUUGAAAGAUGACUGUUGUCAAUCAGAAUCUCAGCAGAUGGUAAAAAUUGAGGUUGAAGACAUCAGUCAGGAUGAAAACCAGGAAGUACUGAAGCAGGAGACGGAUACCCUAACAGUAACCAAUUCUGGAUCUGUGGAACUCAAAGAGGAACCAGACAAACUAGAUACUAAAGUAGUGAAGGAAGCGGAGCAUGCAUCAGGACUUCAGCAGAGGGUAGAGAAAGAUACUGUAAGCAUCAACCUUCAUGAAAAGCAGGAUGUACUGAAGCAGGAGACUGAUAAUUUAAUCACAAAGACUUCUGUUGGUGAAACAGACCAACAACCACAACUCAAAGGAAACCAAUUCCUAUUUCCGGACAUCCCUGAAGCAGAUCAUCAUAAGAAAAUAAAGACUCACAACAAAGGUCAAAGUGGCAAUGUAGACAAAGGGAUGGAGGGUAGGAAAACUUACAAAGGUAAAAACUAUAAGCAAUGUACAGUGUGUGGAAAAAAGUUCAAAUGCAGUAGUGAUUUAACAAGUCACAUGAAAACUCAUAGAAAUAAGAAUCCUUUCUCAUGUCUAACCUGUGGGAAAUGUUUGAGUCGCAAACAAAGUUUAGAUAGACACAUGAUGAUGCACACAGGUGAGAAGCCUUUCUCAUGUCUAACCUGUGGAAAAGGUUUCACUCAAAAAAGUUUUUUGGACCAGCACAUGAAAACUCACACAGGUGAGAAGCCCUUUUCAUGUCUAACGUGUGGAAAAGAUUUUAUUCAAAAAAGUAGGUGGACUUGCCAUAUGAGAAUUCAUAAAGCCGAGAAACGUUUCUCGUGUAUAACAUGUGGAAAAGGUUUUAUUCAAAAACAUAGUUUAACUUGCCACAUGAGAACUCACACAGAUGAAAAGCCUUUCUCAUGUCUAGCUUGCGGAAAAAGUUUCAUUCAAAAAAAUAUUUUGACUCGCCACAUUAAAACUCAUACAGGUGAGAAGCCUUUCUCAUGUUUAACCUGUGGAAAAAGUUUCAUUCAGAAAAACAAAUUGAUUCACCACAUGAGAACUCACACAGGUGAGAAGCCUUUCUUAUGUGAAACCUGUGGAAAAGGUUUCUUUCAAAAACAUAGUUUGACUAUACACAUCAAAACUCACACAGGUGAGAAGCCUUUCUCAUGUCUAACCUGUGGGAAAGGUUUCAUUCAAAGACGUAGUUGGACUUUUCACAUGAGAAGUCAUUCAGGUGACAAGCAUUUCUCAUGUAUAACCUGUGGAAAACAUUUUAUUGAAGGUAGUUGUUUGAGAAAGCAUAUGAGAACUCACACAGGUGAGAAGCCAUUUUCAUGUGUAAGCUGUGGAAGAGAUUUCACUCAUAAAUAUAGUUUGAAUUGUCACAUGAGAAUCCACACAGGUGAGAAACCUUUCACUUGUACAACCUGUGGAAAAGCUUUCAUUCAAAAACGCAAUUUGACUGGUCACCUGAGAACUCACACAGGUGAGAAGCCUUUCUCAUGUCUCACCUGUGGAAAAGAUUUCCUUCAAAAACGUAGUUGGACUUUUCACAUGAGAAGUCAUUCAGGUGAGAAGCAUUUCUCUUGUACAAUUUGUGGAAAAGAUUUUAACCAAAAUAGUUGUUUAAAUCAGCACAUGAGAACUCACACAGGUGAGAAACCUUUUGCCUGUAUAACAUGUGGAAAAGGUUUCACUCAAAAAUGUAGCUUGAAUAGCCACAUGAGAACUCACACAGGUGAGAAACCUUUCUCAUGUAUAAUCUGUGGAAAAGGUUUCAGUCAUAGAUGUAGUUUGAGUAACCACAUGAAAACUCACAACGGAGAUAUGUCUCAUUAGAAGGGCUCAAAAAAGUCUACAGGGUUUAAAUGGGCUAUAGAUAACCAUUUUCUAGAUAAAAAUAUUCUCAACUUCUCAAUUUUAAUGUAUUGAACUUUUUAUUUUGUAUAUACAGUACAGACCAAAAGUUUGGACACACUUUCUCAUUGAAUUCAAUGAGAAGGUGUGUCCAAACUUUUGGUCUGUACUGUAGUUUUCUAUAAUUUUUCUCAAUGGCCUACUUCCAGCUAUAUAACUAUUUGUAUACUUUCACAAGAAAUCUGUAUUUUAUAAAGCUGAUUAAAAUACAUUUGCACCAGAAACCUUUUUCACGUGGAACUUGCGUUAAAAAGGCUUCAAAAAGGUUAACUGUGUUAGAACUCGCACAAAAUACAAACUUUUCUUAUCUCUUGUAGCAACGUUCUCAGUCGCUGUAUUUUCUUCUCUGAAACUUGUAAAAUAAACCAUAAAACGUC